AUGGGCCGGAAGCAUGCACCACAGCCGCUGACGCUGUCUGAAUCUCAAGCCUCCUCCGACCAGCCUGAAGACGUGCCGCGCUCUGCUGAAACCCUCGCCUCUGCCGUUCCUCCAAGCGCUGGCUCUAAAUCGCAAUCCUCUCCCAGAUCUCCGCGCUCUCCCUUUAGGUUCACUCCGAAAAGGCCCAGCGCAAGUGGCAAGCAGUCUCUUCAGUUGACCGACGAGCAUCGAAACUUUCAAGACCAGGACGACGACCAAGACCUCGAACAGUAUCAAGCCAUCUCCUCCGCCCUCCACCGCGCCUCCGAAGACACGCCCCCUCGCCAGCAUCAUCAGCACAACCCCAUCAGCCCUCGUCAACAACAGCACCGCCCCGACGAGCCAUCCCGAAGACCCUCCAAAGCCGCCGGCUUUUUCUUCAAUUUCACAAAGUCUGCCAACAAAUCGUCCCAUUCUCUCGUCUCCCCCGCGCAGUCGCCCUCACACCCUCAGCGCCAGCACCAGCAACACCAACAGAGCCCGAUCCAGUACCCUGACUCGAGAGGCGAAAGUAUGUCGAGGGGCCCCGACAAUGCUCCUCCCAUGAGCAACCAACCCACCCAACCUUUAGCAGAUCCGUCCUAUGCUGAGCACUCCGUCCAAAAGCCCGCACCCACCCUGCCGUCCCGCUCCGACGUAUCUUUAGCCUCUGCUGCCGACUACGAUACUUCUCCCGCCCAACCCUCCUCGUCCAAGAAGUCCAAAUCGAAGCCAUUUGGUCUUCUAAGCCGCAGCAAGUCGCUUCGCGACAAGGACGGCUCAAGCUCUCGAGACAAGCAACCCAGCCCGGUGCCCGUAUCGAUUGUCGAACCCGAACCGUCGCACACCUCGACGAGCCGUAACCACUCGCUCAACAAUACCAGCACUGGACCCGAAAGGUCUGCCAGAGAAAUGGUGAACUCUACCGGGCGGAAUCGCUCGGAAGACCGCGCGUCGCCCCGGGAAAUGAGCCACAAGGACAAUCAUAGGGAAAAGGACCACCACCCUCGGCAAAACUCGUCUUCACAAAAUGGUGGCUUUUUCGGAGGACUGAAGAGUGGCAGAGACAUUAUUAGCAACCGGUUAUUCGGCAAGGGUGGCCGUAGUGGAAGCACGACGGAGAGGGAGCCUGUCAUCGACGAUGAGCACUACACGCUCAAGACAAUCAAUCUGCCUCUGGUCGAGCAGACGCGUCGCACACGCAUCUCGAAGCGCUUGGAGGAUUCAAGAGACAAGACGGAGUUUUGGAUGCCCGCUUUCCCGUGGCGCGCGAUCGACUACUUGAACUAUAAGGGCUGUGAUGUGGAAGGCUUGUACCGUGUGCCUGGCAGCGGGCCGCAGAUCAAGAAAUGGCAGAGGAAGUUUGACGAAGAGUACGAUGUAAACCUCUUCGAACAGCCGGACCUCUACGACAUCAACAUCAUAGGCUCCAUGCUCAAGGCUUGGCUGAGAGAGCUUCCCGAUGAGCUAUUCCCUAAGGCGGCCCAGGAACGAGUUGCGAGAGAAUGCGCCGGCUACGAAACCGUGCCCCCACUAUUGGUCGAAGAGCUGUCGAACCUCUCGCCAUUCAACUACUACCUUCUUUUCGCAAUCACCUGCCACCUCAGUUUGCUCCUGGCGCAUUCCGACAAGAAUAAGAUGGACUUUAGGAAUCUCUGCAUUUGCUUCCAGCCAUGCAUGAAGAUUGACGCAUUCUGUUUCAGAUUCUUGGUCUGCGACUGGCGCGACUGCUGGAAGGGCUGCAAGAACGAGGCAAAGUUCAUUGAGCAGGAAUAUCAACUAUUCGAUCAGCCACCCCCAAAAGGCCUCUCGGAACCGCGCAAGCCGUCUCGUGAGACGAGCGAGGAGCCUGCGGCCCCCGUAGCGCAGGAAGAACCCGCUCCUGUGACGUUGGACGAUCGCGCGGCAUCGUUUUCGGAAAGCAGUAAGCAGUCCAGCGUUGUCACUGAGCAGCAGACCAAGGAGAAAGACAGACGGCUAAAAAAAAAGCCCAUCCAACUUUCUGAGUCAAACGGCAGCGUCGCAUCCAACUCGACGAUGGGUACGACGCUGACGAUUGACAGCGGCCUUUCUUUCUUCCUCGAAUACCCAGGCGGAACUCGUGUGUACAGGGAACACUUUAGCAUCACCAACAACAACAUCACUGACGACAUCACGCCACUGACGACUUCCGUUCUUCCUCCUCCGAGCAACUCUCCCUGCCCCGGUCCUGUGCCAAGCCUAUAUCGGAUGUCACCAAAAGUCAUGGCAUGA